ACUCGUUUGCCAAACACCUGACCUCCUGGGACGAGCCAAUCAACGGUGCGACAGGUGCAAUAACGCUGCACAGCUGGGUGAUCAUGCAGCCCCUCGCUUCUGCUCGGUCACCUCUUCUCUUUGCAGGCAUGCUGCUGCUCGUUUUGCUUCUGUGGACUCCGUGUUCCGCGGCACCGGGAGGCCCGGUUGCGCGUCGGAUGUGGACGGAAGAUGCAGAUUCUGCGGGAUUAGGAGGAGAUGGGGCCGCCGCUGCCGCGUUUUAUCGCCUGCCCAUCUUCCUGCACGCCUCCGGCCCGCUCGUGCCUCCGGAGCUGCUGAGGCCCCUCCCGUACCAGUCGUCGGUCCCAGCCGGACUGUCUGCGCUGCUCAUUCCACCAGCUAUACAACAGCACGGUCUCCGUGACGUGAGAGCACGCGCCGUGGAGGCCUGGUGCGGGAUGGAUGCGAUCUCUGUGCGUGUUGACCUCCACCAGCUCGGAGCAUGGACUGACCCGUCCAGGUUCCGUCUGGGUUCCUGCGGGCCGACCGAAGUAACCUCCAGGUUCCUCUAUUUCCACUAUGGGCUUUUGGAGUGUGGCAGCGACUUCCAGGUUGUUGGUGGUCAGUUGGUAUAUACUUAUUUACUGAGCUAUACGCCAUCCCCACAAGACCAUGUCAUCAGAGCCUUGCCCCUCAAGCUUCCCAUUCACUGCCAUUACAACAGAUUUCAUUACUCGUACAAAGUUGGCUUCGCACCACAGGUCCAGCAUACAACAUUCCUGAAGCGCAUCAGAAGUAAACUAACAUUCAGCCUCACAGUCUCCAAUGCCCAGUGGGAGCCCCUCCCUUCAGGCCACACUUUCCUGCUGGGGGAGUCUGUGCAUUUUGUUGCUCGUGCUGGAGUGCUGCUGCCUGGAGAAAAGCUUCAUGUGGAGUCAUGCCAUGCUACAAGCUCUCAAGAUCCAACCGACUCACUUGAAGUGGACAUUAUUAACAAUUCUGGCUGCAUGAUGGACAGUGUUAGAGAGGGAAGCAGAUCCCAGUUCAUUUCAGGAGGAGGCAGUGUGGUGAAGUUUUCUGUGGAUGCGUUUUUGUUCAGAGAAGUCUCACAAAUGCUGUACCUCCAUUGUUCUCUUUCAGUCAGUCUCAACAGUUCUGUCAUUUCAAAAGCCUGCAACUACAACAAGGAAACUGGCAGGUGGGAGGAACUUUCAGCCGCACCUUCCUUUUGCUCCUGCUGUGAUUUUGUGUGUUCAGACUCAGAAAACUUGCUCAACAGCAAGGUCAGAAGUCUAGGCUGGCAUAUUGGACAAAAAGAUAUACCAGAAAAGAAAGAGAUGGACUUCCAAGCUCAGGGUAGAGCAGUGGUUGAUCCAAAACAGAGGCACCAAGAAAGAGAAGAGCCAUACUACAAGACUUAUAAGACUUUUCUACAUGAUAUCCAAGAUGAUUAUCAGGAGAAAAUGCGAGUUGACCUGAAUGAUAAGCCAUGGAAUAUGACUGGAUUCAGUAAACACAAUGUUAAAGAAAGAAGACUGGCAGAUGUUGUGGGCAUGGAAGCAGUGCCUGGUGAGAUGAAAGAACUCUUUCCACAUGAUACAGCUCUAUCAGAUGAAGGCAGCUCACACCGGAAUGAAAGUGCUCCCACUACUGACAACCUCCCAUACUUGAAGAAAUUGGAGACUAGUUUAUCUUAUAACAGAGGCAGCAACACUUUGACAGAUGGUUUUAAAUCCACUUUUGCAAGAAGUUUUCAUUUUGGUAGCACUCCUAACAUGCUGGAUGUCUCAAUGAGCACCAAAUGUCCUGGGAUUGAAUGUGAUGCAUUCACUGGCAUCCUUCAUAAUGAAGAGAAACCAAUCAUAGUGCAGAAGCACGCUGUAUCUACCAUUACUGGUUUAGAAAGCUAUGGUCCCUUUCUUGGAAAAAGUAGUUCUAGAGACAGAGGCGUUCAAUUUGCCACCAGUAGCUUGCAGAAAAAUACUCCUGUUUUUUCUGAAGUCAGAGUUUCUGAAAUGGGUGGCUUAGAGUUUACUAACUGGAAUAGUGACCUGUGGUCAGAAGGGCGAGUGUGUUUUAACAGAUCCACAUCUGACAACACAUCAGUGCGAGCUGUUGACUCCCUCACCAGUGAAGGAUAUCAUGGAAAUGAUUUCAUGAUUAGAGGCCACGAGUCAAUUAAGGCACCUGGCUCAAAACACUUGAUUUGUCUGAACAAGGAGUCAGAGUUUGACAAAAGUACAGAUGGUUCCUGGGUUAACAAAGAGCCAGAAGUACAUUUGGAUGCAAUCAAAGGGUCUCUGUUAUUUGACCCUGAGCUCAAGGAUGAAGUCAACUCUGAUCAUUCUACUAUAGUGACUUUUAGCAGCAGUCCAUCAGACCCUGAGAGCAGCCAGCAGACGGGCCGGCGGUGGGCUGAGGGAUUGCCUGAAUGGGACAUGCAGAGUUUUAGGGUUGUUGUGUAGCAGACUACGAAAGAUGACCCAGGUAAAUGGUUAUUCCAUGAGAAAUGAGGACUUGUUCCAGUGUCUUGAAAAAGCUGUUUAUAAAGUGAAUGUGUUGUUCUGGUGUACAGACUCAAAAUAUAGGCACAAACAAAGUAAUAUGCAGGCCUUAUUGUUGAGAUGUUUCAAUGUUUGAAUGUUCAGUUUAACAGAGGACAAAAAAACUGGUUAUUUUUGAGUCACCAUUAUCUUUUACAACCCCCAAACAUUAAAAUAUUGUCUCCAAACUUUUCCUUUCCUUUCACAUAGAGCACUGGUUCCAGAAAACCCAGAAGAUUCCCCUUCAGUGAAAAAGGGUGGUUGUAUAUUUUUGAAGAACAUCACUUAAAACCAAACGGGGACAAGCUUUUGACUGAUAAACCUGAAUUUGUUCAGACAUUGUUCAAUAAACUGAGUCAAUCUUAAAA